CAACCUCCCAUUUCUUGACACAGCGAAAGAAGCAGCUUAGAGAUUCUACUCAUCAAUCAUCGUCUGAAAAUCCAAUAUGGACUUGAGAAUCAUGGGCUUCGAUUCUCCACUCUUCUCAACCCUCCAACACAUGCUCGACGGCGUCGAUGACCCUGAUAAGUCCGUCAGCGCUCCAACCCGCACCUACGUUCGCGACGCCAAGGCCAUGGCUGCGACGCCGGCCGACGUCAAGGAGUACCCCAAUUCCUAUGUCUUCAUCAUCGACAUGCCGGGGCUGAAGUCCGGCGACAUCAAGGUGCAGGUGGAGGACGACAAUGUGCUGGUGAUCAGCGGAGAAAGGAAGCGGGAGGAGGAGAAGGAAGGGGCCAAGUACGUGAGAAUGGAGAGGAGGGUGGGGAAAUUUAUGAGGAAGUUUGUGUUGCCGGAAAAUGCGAAUACUGAUAAGAUCUCUGCGGUUUGUCAAGAUGGUGUGUUGACCGUCACCGUUGAGAAGCUGCCACCGCCGGAGCCGAAGAAGCCCAAGACCAUUGAGGUGAAGGUUGCUUGAGAUCUUUGGGGUUUGGAAAUUUGAGGCCAUGGAUGUGACGAGCUUGUGUUUUUAUCUUCUUGGAUUUUGCGUGAUUUUGGGUUGUGUUUGGGUUCGAUGUAUACGAGGGUGUGUUGGUUUUUGGGAUCUUGUACAGUUGUACCCGAUGACUCCCAAGUCAGUAUGUAGUCUUCAAUCUUUUGCCAUAUAUAUUAAGGUUUUAUGUUGGGAUUAGAUUUUG